ACAAGAUGGCGGCGUCCUGUAUGCACAUAGGACGUUAUAUCCGCAGAAAUGAACGUUUUCUGAGGCUUCAGUUCGAGCAAUUCUUGUCCAUCAGGAGUUUUGCUUUGACUCCAGCUGUUCAUCAAGCUGCUCAAGUUCAUCAAGAAGCAGCAGAGUCAGUCGUCAUCCCCAUGAAGAAAACAUGGAGCAAAGAGGCGGUGCUGCAGGCACUGGCAUCAACCGUCAGCAGAGAUCCUACAGUUUGUGCCUACAGGUUCCAGGAUGAUUCGUUCCUGUCUCCCAGGAACUUUUCUGAGGCCAAAACUUAUUCUUACUCACUGGAGUCUGGCAGAGCUGCAGCCAAAUACAUUAUCAACAACAACCCCAACUUAUUCACCAAGGACUUUGCAGAGCCACAUAUACCAGCUCAGUGGUGUCCAUGGACACAACCCAUGACCUGCUGGACCUCCUCUGUCUGUACGGUGACAGUGACCCUGUCCAGGAAAGUGGGCCGCAGCAGGAGGACACAGAGGAGUCAGAACAGGAGCUGUGGAGUGAGACACGGAUCAAGAAACCCAGCUGGAGAAAGACUAAUAACGCAGAGAGGAUCUUCAACCUGCUGCCUGACAGAGACACUCGGUGUUACUCUGCUCUGAUCAGAGGCAUGGUGAAGCAUGGAGCCAGCAAAAAGGCCUUCGACAUGUACAGUGAACUGCUGAACAACAGGCUCACAGGAGAUGUUCACAUGUUCAACGCUCUGAUCUCAGCAGUUCCAGAUGUUCGAGAAAACCCUGAUGAGAAAUGGGAACUCGUGUCU